UCUUUUCACAUGAUCACAGAGAAGUCUAUGGGCCGAGCUGUUUGGUACAGUUCUGUCUCUCUCUGGUAAGAUGGCGGGCGUUGUGGUGCAACGGCAGAGUCCUUGGGUGGGGGAGGAAGACGGAAAACGGCAUGUGAACGGGUAUCUGGAGGAGGACGAGGUGGCAGCUGCGGGGGACGGCAGCGCCGGCAAAAAGAAGAGGAAGAAAAAGAAGAAGAGUAAAACUGGACAAGAACCUGAAAAUGAUGUGGGUGCUGCAGCUCCUGUCAUUGGUGAUUUAACAAAACAGUUGGAGAAGCAAGCUCUUGAAAACAAGGAUGAAGAGGAAGAUGAUGGUGAUGGUGAAGGAGAUGGUGCAGCUGGGAAGAAGAAGAAGAAAAAGAAGAAGAAGAAAGGCAGCAAAUCCCAAACGGAUCCUCCUUCUGUUCCCAUUUGUGAUUUGUAUCCAAGUGGUGUGUUCCCAAAAGGACAGGAAUGCGAGUAUCCUGCAACCCAGGAUGGGCGUUCUGCGGCAUGGAGGACAACCAGUGAUGAGAAGAAAGCUCUGGAUCAGGCCAGUGAGGAAAUAUGGUCUGAUUUUAGACAGGCUGCUGAGGCUCACAGACAAGUGAGAAAAUAUGUCCGAAGUUGGAUCAAACCUGGCAUGACUAUGACUGAAAUAUGUGAAAAAUUGGAGGACUGCUCUCGCAAGCUUAUCAAAGAGAAUGGGCUAUAUGCUGGUCUGGCAUUCCCCACAGGCUGCUCCCUAAACAAUUGUGCAGCCCACUACACUCCUAAUGCUGGUGACACCACAGUGUUACAAUAUGAUGAUGUAUGCAAAAUUGAUUUUGGAACACAACUCAAUGGUCGUAUAAUUGACUGUGCUUUCACAGUCACAUUCAAUCCAAAGUACGACAAGUUGCUAGAAGCUGUUAGAGAUGCUACAAACACUGGAAUAAGGUGUUCUGGUAUUGAUGUACGUCUCUGUGAUGUUGGUGAAGCAAUCCAAGAAGUUAUGGAAUCAUAUGAGGUUGAAAUUGAUGGAAAAACAUAUCAAGUGAAACCCAUCCGAAAUCUGAAUGGCCAUUCCAUUGGACCUUACAGAAUACAUGGUGGCAAAACCGUGCCCAUUGUGAAAGGAGGCGAAGCAACACGAAUGGAGGAAGGUGAAGUGUAUGCAAUUGAAACAUUUGGUAGCACUGGAAAGGGGGUUGUUCACGACGACAUGGAAUGUUCUCACUACAUGAAAAACUUUGAUGUUGGACAUGUGCCAAUUAGGCUUCCGAGAGCAAAACACUUGUUGAAUGUCAUCAAUGAGAACUUUGGCACUCUCGCUUUCUGCCGCAGAUGGUUGGACCGGCUUGGAGAGAGUAAAUACCUAAUGGCGCUAAAGAACCUGUGCGAUUUGGGUAUAGUAGACCCAUACCCGCCUCUCUGCGAUAUCAAAGGUUCUUACACAGCACAAUUUGAGCAUACCAUACUUUUGCGCCCAACUUGCAAAGAAGUUGUGAGCAGAGGAGAUGACUAUUAAUGUAGAACUCCGUGCAGUGUCUAAGUACGGCUUCUGUCGAAGCACAGUGCAUAAGAGUAAUUCGGAAAAAGGCUUUCUCGACGGAUGUGAUAUUGAACACGUGGAAAAAGUAUAGCUUUACUAACAAUCUGGCAAUGUUAACUUUCAGAUCUUUUUAAAGAGGAAUAAGCGUUUCCUUUGUUCUGCUAUAUGGGUCAGGGAAUGUGUGAUGAUGCUAAAUCUUAUGUUUUGCUUUUGGAAUAUUUAUAUUCACUAUAUUUCCACAAGUUUCUUAAACUUGAUUCUGCAGAUACAAGCAUUUAAUUUUCUUUCCCUGAAAACCGUUUUGUAAAAAUAAAAUAAAGCUGCAUUUCAGAUCAGAAGGCAUCCACUUA